AGAAGCAUUUGGAGGGUGUCUGAAAUGCAGGAGCUCCACAGAUGCCUGAGACCAGCGGAGAGAUAGGAGCCUCACCCUGCUUGGAAAAGAUAGAGAAAACAAAAGAAGAGAAGGACUGCAACAAACUUAUACGCCUCAAUAUUCUCUCAUAACCACUAUUGGACGCUGGUGUUUGUGGCGUUAUCAUGGUGACAUUAAGAGUAACAUUGACUUUAAGGUUCACCUUAUUGUUCCUGUACUGUUUAGGCUGUACUGGUUGGCCGAGCCAGGCACAGCAGUUGUCCCUGCGGGCUUUGCGUCAAGCGGCCCAAACCCGGCAAAACCUCUCUGAGAGUGCGGAGAGCAAAGUAGAACGUCUCGGCCAGGUCUUCCGAAAGAACGUUCGUCUUCUUCGGGAACGGGGAGGCUGUCUGGAUCUGGUCUUCCUCGUGGAUGAGUCGUCCAGCAUGGGAGCUUCCAACUUUGGGAGCGAGUUGCGAUUUGUGCGAAAGCUGCUGUCAGAUUUUCCGGUGGCGCCGGAGGCAACACGUGUAGCACUGGUAACAUUUAGUUCCAAGAGCCAUGUGGUUACAAGAGUGGACUAUGUGUCUGCACCCACAGCCCACCAACACAAGUGUUCGCUCUUCAGCAAAGAGAUCCCCUCCAUCACCUACAGAGGAGGUGGCACCUACACCAGGGGGGCCUUCCAGCGUGCAGCGCAAAUUCUGAGGCACUCGCGUGAGAACGCCACGAAGGUGAUCUUCCUCAUCACUGACGGUUACUCAAACGGCGGAGACCCGCGGCCUGUGGCGGCAGCGCUGAGGGAAAGAGACGUGGAGAUUUUCACGCUGGGCAUCUGGCAGGGAAACAUCCGCGAGCUACACGACAUGGCCUCGCACCCCAAGGAUCAGCACUGCUACCUAGUGCACAACUUUGCUGAGUUUGAAGCACUAGCUCGACGCGCUCUUCACGAAGAUCUUCCAACUGGAAGUUAUAUUCAGGAGGACCUGGCCCAGUGUUCAUCGUUGUGCAAAGAGGGAAAGGACUGUUGUGACAUAAUGGGCAGUUGUAAAUGCGGUACACACACAGGACAGUACGACUGUGUGUGUGAGAAAGGAUACUAUGGAAAAGGACUUCAACAUGAGUGCACAGCUUGUCCAUCUGGUACAUAUAAACCUGAAGCAAUUUCUGGAGGUGUGAGUACCUGCCUUCCCUGCCCCGAUCCUCAUCACACAUCCAGACCUGGGAGUACAGAUGUAUCAGACUGUGUGUGUGCGGAAGGCUACAGACCACACAACAACACAUGCCAAGCGGUGGUCUGUCCAGUUCUCUCUCCCCCAGAGAAUGGUUUCUUCAUCCAGAAUGUGUGUAAUAAUCAAUUUAACUCUGCAUGUGGGGUGCGCUGUCUCACAGGCUUUGACCUGCAGGGAGAUGGAAUCAGACUCUGUCAGCCAGACGGGACCUGGUCAGGAGUUCAGCCGAGCUGCAGAGUUCGCUCUUGCCCAGAUCUCUCUCCUCCACGUCAUGGGUUACUGAACUGCAGUGAGCGGACCGCCCCCUAUAGGCUGGAGUGUUUGGUUCGCUGUGAACAGGGCUAUAGACUACAGGGCAGAGCCAGAUUCACCUGUCUGGCCAACUCGCAGUGGAGUGGACCACAGCCCCGGUGUGUCGAGAUACGCUGUCCUCCAAUUGUUACUUUGAAGCAUAUCCGUCUGUCACCCCCUGCCUGUGGGGAGAAUGAGGUCAGGACCGGAGCAUUGUGUCAGUUAACCUGUCCCCGUGGUUACCGUCUCAUCGGUAACUCUGAAGUCAGAUGUCUGCCUUCUGGAAACUGGAGUGAAAAUCUACAUAAAGCAACCUGUGCAGAUAUAGAGCCUCCAUGGAUUCAGUGUCCUGGUGAUGUCAUCACCGAGACAGAUGAACAUCAGAGUUCGGCUAACAUCAGUUUGAGUGCACCCUUGCUUGGGGACAAUUCUGGAGAUGAGGUUGUGGUGCAGGUGACCCCUGUUCUAAACCCCAUGCAGCCUUUCCCUAUAGGAACUGAGUUCAUAACAUACACAGCAACCGACCGCACAGGAAACGAGGCCAACUGCUCUUUCACUGUUACAGUAGUUGAUACGGAACCCCCUUUGAUCGACAGAUGCAGAUCUCCACCCACCGUUAAGGCCACUGGGAAAAAAACUGCAAUAUACUGGGAAGAACCUCAGUUUUCAGACAAUUCUGGAGCCUAUUUGAAUAUCUCUAGUACUCACUCAUCUGGAGAUGUAUUUCCUGUUGGAGAAACUUCAGUGUACUACACAGCCACAGACCCUUCUGGAAACAGCCGUACCUGUGAACUCAUCAUUACUGUACAAGGUUCAACCUGUGAGAAGCCAUUUGUGCCAGUGAAUGGGGAUUUCUCAUGUGCCAAGACAGAGGAGGGAACAAACUGCUCUCUGAUAUGCAGACAGGGUUACAGUCUCACCCAGGAUGCCGUGCACAGCUACUUUUGCGCCAAUAAUGGAAUCUGGGAGCCGCCCCGCUCACCAGACAGACCUGAUUGCUCCCUGAACAGAAUUGCAAACAAUGGCUUUAAGCCCUUUGAGACGUUGUUUAAAGCAUCCCGCUGUGAUGAUCUUGACUUGCUAAAGUCCUUCACAGGGGAGUUUUCAACUGUUCUUAAAGAUACGGUCCCUAAAAUUUGCAAUGGGGAUGAUGUCACCUGCAAACUGGAAAUGACUUUACCUGGACAGUGCCUGGAGUAUAACUAUGAUUAUCCAAACGGAUUUGCUAUUGGUCCUGGAGGAUGGGGCUCUCAGAAUGGCCAGGACUAUGCAUAUUUUGACACUGGUUUUGUUCCAGAGCACCACUUGCAGCAAGAUGGUUCAUCACAGCAUGGCUAUCACAUGAGGACCAAACGCCAUCGCAAAAUCACUGGUCCUACCAGAGAGCAAAAGAUACAAAUCCAUUUCAACAUUACAGCAAGCAUCCCACUGCCCUUGUCGAGGAACGACUCGGCGGAAAUAGUCAAUCAAAGACGUUUGCUGAGGGCACUUGAGCAGCUGACCAAUCGGCUUAAGCGGACACUGAGCAAGCAACCGUUCUCUACCUUCCAUGUGUCUUCAGAGAUGAUCGUUGCGGACCCCAAAUCCUUGGAAAGUAAAAAGGCUAAACUGUACUGCCGGCCAGGGUCUGUUCUCAAUGGCAGGGUGUGUGUGCAAUGCCCAGUAGGGACGUAUUUCUCCCUGGAGUAUGGCGAGUGCGAGAGCUGUUGGAGAGGGUCAUAUCAGGAUGAGGAGGGUCAGAUGGAGUGUAAGUCAUGCCCAGAUGGCUUCUCCACUCCGUACCUCCAUUCCCGCAGCCUGGCAGAGUGCAAAGUGCAGUGCCAGCCUGGCAGCUCAUCAUUAACCGGGUUGGAGACCUGUGAGUCCUGUCCUUUAGGGGAAUACCAGCCAGAUUUCAGCUCUCAGGUCUGUCUGCCCUGCCCUUCCACCACGACCACUGUCAAUAGAGGGGCUUUGGAUGUCAAUGAGUGCGGUGUUCCAUGUUCCGCUGGUCAUUUCUCCUGGACAGGUCUAGUUCCAUGUUACCCAUGUCCCAGAGAUUAUUACCAGCCUGAGGAGGGCCGUUCCUACUGUCUCUCUUGCCCCUUUUAUGGUACCACCACAAUAACAGGGGCCAAAGCCAUCCAACAGUGCUCCAGCUUUGGUUCUAGUUUCCUGCCUAAAGAGGAAAGUGCAACUGCAGCGCCAGAAGUUGUUGUGAGAAAGGAUUAUCAAGCCAGUAGCCAGAUGUUCCAUGAAUGUCUCCUGAAUCCGUGUCAAAACCAAGGCACUUGUGAGGAAGUCGGCAUCGGAUAUGUAUGCACCUGUGUUCCAGGAUUCACAGGAGCCAAGUGUGAGAGCGACAUUGAUGAAUGUGAUUCUGUUCCUUGUCAAAAUGGUGGCUUGUGCAGAGAUGGCAUGGGAGAUUUCCAGUGUCAAUGUCAGCCUGGGUUUGUAGGCUUGGUGUGUGAGGCAGAGGUGAACGAGUGCAACUCUUCUCCAUGUUUGAAUGAAGGACUCUGUGUGGAUGAAGUGAAUCACUUUACAUGUAGCUGUCCAGAUGGAUUCACAGGUCCACGUUGUGAGUUGGAAAUAAAUGAGUGUGCUUCCAGCCCAUGUCAAAACGGAGGUGUUUGUAAAGAUUUGGAGGGUGGGUAUUUCUGUACAUGUUCUCAGGGCUUCACUGGCAACAAUUGUGAGGUUGAAGUUGAUGAGUGCUACAGCGACCCCUGUCUGAAUGGAGGAACAUGUGAGGAUGCUAUCAAUGAUUUCAGGUGUGAAUGUGUGAAUGGAUACAGAGGCAGACUAUGCCAGGUGGACGUAGAUGACUGCGAUCCAAAUUUGUGUUUGAAUGGCGCGACCUGUGUGGAUGGAGUGGCCACUUUCACCUGCCGAUGCCCUCCUGGGUUCAAUGGAACCAGGUGUGAGACAGAAAUGCCCUACUCCUUUGAUCUGCAGUUUGAAGUUUCUGGUAUCCACGGUUACGUGAUGAUGGACGGUCACAUGCCAUCACUUACACAGAUCACAUGUACAUUUUGGAUGAGAUCAUCAGACACGGUUAAUUAUGGAACUCCCAUCUCUUACGCUGUGGAGGGAAGUGACAAUGCCUUCCUCCUCAUUGACUAUAAUGGGUGGGUCUUGUAUGUUAAUGGCAAGGAGCGGAUCACUGACUGCCCAGCAGUAAAUGAUGGCCUCUGGCACCAUAUUGGUGUAUCAUGGCGCAGCAAGGACGGUGAUUGGAGAGUUUAUAUUGAUGGGAGCCCUUCAGAUGGAGGGAAAGGACUAUCAGUUGGCACUACCAUACCAGGAGGGGGUGCUCUGGUACUUGGACAGGAUCAGGACCAGAGGGGAGAUGGCUUCAACCCAGUGGAGUCCUUUGUGGGCACUCUUAGCCAGCUUAAUAUAUGGAACUAUGUUUUAACACCACAGCAGAUCAAGUCUCUGGCCAGUAGCUGUCCACGUGAUCUGCAGAAAGGGAACGUGUUUGCAUGGCCUGACUUCUUAGGAGGGGUCACGGGCCGAGUGAAGACCAGCAGCAAGAGCAUUUUCUGUGCUGACUGCGCCCUGGUGGAGGCUUCUGUUCCUCAACUGCGCUCAUCCAGUAAAGCUGUGAGUCCGGGCUCUAAGGUUCAGUUCUCUUGCAGUCCUGGGUUCUAUCUGGUGGGGGAGCCAGUGCAGCAGUGCUUAAACAGAGGCCAAUGGAGCCAUGCAGAGCCAAUGUGUGAACGUGUGGAAUGUGGUCCUCCGCCUGACCUGGAGCACGGGCAGUAUCAUGGAGAGGAUUUCUAUGCUGGGAGCACAGUGCUUUAUCAAUGUAAACCAGGGUUCUACCUGCUAGGGGAGAGUAAGAUGUUGUGUACCAACAAUGGUAAAUGGAUUGGCAACCCACCUGCAUGUCUGGAUGUGGACGAAUGUUCUCUGGGCUCUGAAUGUGAUGAACAUGCUAGUUGCCAAAACACUGAUGGCUCUCAUAUAUGCACCUGCAUACCCCCUUACAGUGGCGAUGGAAGAACCUGCACAGAGCCAGUAAAAUGUAAAGAUCCAGGUGUUCCUGAGUUUGGGCACCAUGAGGGCAGUAAUUUCAUCAUGGGCAGUGAGGUGGUCUUUUCCUGUGAGGAAGGCUAUGAGUUGAUUGGCUCAUCCCAUCUAUCCUGCACAGAAGAAGGAAUUUGGAAGGGAGAUUUCCCAUACUGCAAAGCCCUUUCCUGUGCACAUCCCACUCUCCCUGAAUAUGGAAUCAUGAAAGGGUCAAACUUCACAUACGGAAGCAAGGUGACUUUCAGUUGUGAGAAGGGGUAUGUCCCUCAGGAGCCAAUAGAAAGCCAGUGUCAAUCUGAUUUGAAGUGGAGCAGAGAGCCCCAUGUUUGUCAGCCUGUUACCUGUGGUGAGCCCCCAGUGGUUGAUUAUGCUGAGUAUACCCUCAACGGGAAAGUGUACCUCUCCACGCUAACCUAUACCUGCAUAGAAGGAUACAGUUUGCAGGGUGCCAUGGAACUGAAGUGUGAGUCAUCAGGAGAGUGGGCAUCUCCUCCCCCCAUCUGUGCCAGAGUGGACUGUGGCAAACCUCCUCCUUUGAAGGAUGCUGUGAUUAAGGGCGACAACUUUACACUGGGUAGCAUGAUCAUCUAUGUUUGCAAAGAGGGUUACACCCUCCUUGGUGUAGAAACUCAAGAAUGCCUCCCAAGUGGCAACUGGACUCAUAAUUCUGCUCAGUGUGUGCCUCGGUCUUGUGGACCACCGCCCCAAGUUGACCAUUCCCUACCUGACACUGGACACCAGCUUUUUGGGGACACUGCUAUCUACUUCUGCGAUGACGGUUACAUUGCUGGUAACAAUACAAAACUGUUCUGCAAUUCCCAAGGUGUUUGGGCUCCCCCAGAUGGAUUUGGCAUUCCUCACUGCAUUGCCAACUUCUGCCAGCGUCCCCUGGAUUUACCUCAUGCCAUUCUGGACUCCAUCAACAAACCAAAGCAUGCAAGCAACACAGAGGUCAGCUACAAGUGUGAGGAGGGAUUUGUUCUCAACACAACAGGAACCCUGAAGUGCAUGAUAGGGGGAGAGUGGACACCCUCACCUUUGGACAUUGGCUGUAUGCCUGUCAGAUGCUCAAAGCCAGACAGUAUUGAGAAGGGCUAUGUAAGUGGGAACAAUUAUAAUUUUGGAGCGGUGAUUGCAUACAGUUGUGAUAAAGGAUAUUUCAUUCGAGGAGAGAAGAGGAGAAUUUGUAAAGCCAACGGUGAGUGGGGAGGUGUCUUGCCCACAUGCCAGCCUAUUUCCUGUCCCAGCCCACCUCGCUUGGCAAAUGGCUUUAUCCCGGGCCAAAUAAGAAAGAACGGAUAUGUAUACAGCAGUAGAGUGACCUAUGCUUGCAACGAUGGUUAUCGCCUAACCGGAAAGCCUGAACGUAUAUGCAUGGCCAAUAAGCAGUGGUCGAACAACAAUCCUCCUGUUUGUGUCCUCCUCACCUGCCCUACCCCACCUGAUAUAAAAAAUGGCCGUUAUCAUGGCUCCACAUUUGAAGUUGGCAGCAAGGUGGAAUUUGCCUGCAACGAAGGAUAUGAACUCAUUGGAGAUUAUGUAUGGACUUGUUUAAAGUUUGGAAAUUGGGACGAGAGUGUAACCCCACGUUGUUCCCCAGUACAGUGCCCCGAACCACCUUUAGAGGAGAAUCACCUUGUACUGCGUGGAUUAGAUUCUGACUCAGGCAUUGUGGAGCUUUCUUGUGAGGAAGGGUAUGUUCUCCAUGGUGCACGAACUCUUCGUUGUACCCCAUCCCAGGAGUGGAAUGACUCUUUUCCUGUCUGCAAACAAGUCUUUUGUGGACCUCCCCCUGAGGUUGCCUUUGGUGACCCAUCCGACGCACUGUCCUACUUUCGUAGUGUGGUGACCUACUCGUGCAUGGAUGGCUUUACACUCCGGAAGGAAGCUUCUGUCCGCUGCCAGGCAGAUGGGAACUGGAGUAAACCUUAUCCCGAAUGCAUUCCUGUUGAAUGCCCACAGCCUGAGGACAUACCAAACGGAAUUGUGGAUGUUCAAGGACUAAUGUAUCUUAGUACUGCUGUCUAUAGCUGUAAGGCAGGGUAUGAUUUAGCAGGUAACAGCACUGUGCUUUGUGGUCAAAGUGGACAGUGGAUAGGAGGUGUACCUGUAUGUCACCCUGUUAAGUGUGCUGCACCCAAGGAGAUUCCCAAUGGCUAUGUUAGGUACACAAGGCUUCAGUUUAGCCAAUCAGUUACAUAUUCCUGCCACAGGGGGUACCGCUUACAAGGCCCAGAAACCCUUAACUGUUUGGAGAACGGACAGUGGCACCAGGAGGCUCCUACUUGUGUGCAGAUCUACUGUUCUCCUCCAAAACCAAUUGAGAAUGGCUUUGUAGAAGGACGGGACCGCAAGUUUGGGGUUACUAUCUUCUAUAGCUGCUUCCCAGGUUUCAUACUAGUUGGUAAAAUCGACUGCGGCCUGCCUCCGCAUAUUGAUUUUGGUGACUACUCAAAGGUCAAAGAACCGUCAGCAGAAGACGACGCCCUUACAAGCCAACAUUUACCAGUAGACAGCAGCUUUUUACAUGGUUCCCUGGUUCAAUAUCAUUGUCAUGCUGGGUAUGAAAUGAAUGGUGACAUUGUGUUGAUGUGCCAAGAAGAUGGCACAUGGAAUGGAACUGCCCCUGUGUGUGUUCCAGCACAAUGUGAGACUCCACCCAGCCCUGAAUAUGGAUCAGUUAUUGUUACAGAUAGUGCACUUGGCAGCCUUGCGGAGUACAGUUGCGAGGAGGGUUACGAGCUCAAUGGACAGACCAUCCGACAGUGCAUUUCUGGGAAGCAGUGGAGUGAUGACGCUCCUCGCUGUUUGCCCAUCUCUUGCGGUAACCCUGGAGGCAUUGCGAAUGGUGAGGUGAUUGGAAAAUCCUUUCACUUCAAGGCGCUUAUUCACUUUGAGUGCCAUAAAGGGUUUGUCCUUGAGGGUGUUGAGACUAGAACUUGCCAGGUUGAUGGGAAAUGGGAUAACAAAGCUCCAUCGUGUAGAGCAGUCUCCUGUGGGUGCCCUGAUGUAUCAAAGGAUGUUUUAGUAAGAGGAGACGACUAUACAUUUGGAAAGAGGUUGUUGUUCAGCUGCAAUCUUGGCUUCAUCCUACAGGGAACACCAACCAGUGUUUGUUUAGCCAAUGGCAGUUGGAGUGAGGCUCCUCCAAAGUGCCUUCCAGCCAACUGUGGUCAACCACCAGUAAUCGAAAAUGGUCAAGUAACAGGCACGGAUUAUGGUUACAAUGGUAUGGUUAGGUAUGCUUGUGGCAUUGGAUACGUCUUGACAGGAAAUCCUACACUAAUAUGCAGAGCUGAUGGACUAUGGGAUGACCCUCCUCCGCGGUGCGACAUAGUCACAUGUGAUCCACCUGAGGACAUUAGCCAUGGUUACCUGAAUGGAUCAAGCUUUAAUUUCGAUGAUGUUGUGGAGUAUAUUUGCUUCCCAGGCUAUGAGGUUGUUGGCAGUCCAGUUUUGCGAUGUGCUGCCGAAGGUGUCUGGUUGGGGCAAGUUCCAGAAUGCCGACCUUGUGUUUGCAGUCUCCCAGUUCUGAAGUACGGUGCUAUUCUCGGCCGAGACCACACCUGUGGUGCAAGCAUCUGGUUCCGAUGUGAUGAAGGCUACAAAAUUCUUGGCCCCACAGAGGCCAUAUGUGACAAGGGUGGAGUGUGGAGUCCAGGAGUACCCAUCUGCACUCGAGGGAGAUGUUCUAGCCCUCCUCCAGCUGUGCCUAAUGCUGUUGUACAAGGCAGUGCUGCCUACUCCAUUGACACUGUCACUUACCGGUGUAGGCCGGGAUAUCAUUUGAAAGGUUUUCCCCAUCUUUCCUGUGGAAGGUUGGGCAGAUGGGGAGAGCCAAACCUGAACUGUGAACCCAUUUCUUGUGGAGUUCCUCCUCUUAUCCCAAAUGCAGAGACUGCUGGAGUGGUGUUAACCUAUGGCAGCAAAGCUCAGUACAGGUGUAAAGAAGGUUUUGAAUUAGCAACAAAGACAGACUCAAUAACCUGUCAAAGUGAUGGCACCUGGUCCAAACACAGCAUCAGAUGUCGACCUUCACCCUGCAGCCUUCCUGCAAACCUCACCUAUGUAGUCAUCACAGGCAAGCAGCUCACACCUGUAGGGGGCACAGUCAUAAUCUCCUGUAGACCAGGGUACUAUCUUGAGGGACCUGGAUUAUCUGAAUGUUCAGUCUCUGGCACAUGGUCUCCACCUUUCUCUUCCAAGUCUUGUGUGCCUGUUAUUUGUGAGAAACUUCUCCCCAUUCUCAAUGGCUUGGUUGAGGGCAAGAGCUACAAUUAUCGAGAUAUUAUUAGCUAUACUUGUCUACCAGGAUUUGAACUACAGGGUGAUUCUGUUCAGACAUGUCAAGGUGAUAAAACCUGGAGUGGAACUCAGCCAGUGUGUGCUGCGGUGUCAUGUGGUCCUCCACCUGUGGUUCCCCAUGCAGUUACUGUGUCCAGUGGUCAGACAUACCAAAGUAUUGUGAGUUAUAUAUGUCAUUCAGGGCUGAGUUUGGUUGGUUCACAGAACCUCACUUGUCAAGCAGAUGGAAAAUGGAGCUUACCUACACCAUCAUGUGAAUUUACAGGUGGCUGUGAGAGGACAACAGACUUACUGAAUGGGAAGGUGCAGGAGCACAACCUGUCCAGCGGACAUGCUCUUGAGUUUCACUGUGACAAAGGCUACACACUGCAGGGAGAGUCUCUCAUCAUGUGUGUGGGAAACGGCUCCUGGAGUUCACCUUUCCCUGUCUGUAUACCCAAAUCAUGCCCCCCUCCUCCUGACUGGACUGGAGGUAGUGUCAACGCUACUCAGAUGGUUUUCCUGGUAGGCCAGUCGGUAUCAGUCAGUUGUCCUAAAGGUCAGCGGGUCAAAGGUAACCAGGGAAAAAGUAUCGCCACCUUAACUUGCAGGAGUGAUCAGAUCUGGGCCCCCAUCAGUGCAGUGUGUGAGAGGGUGUCCUGCGGCCCACCAAUGUACGUGGCAAAUGGGGUAGUCCGUGGGGCAGUGUUCCAGUUUGGAGAUGUGGUGGUGUACUCAUGUUACGCAGGCUACACCAUGGAGGGUUCUAGCAGGAGUGUGUGCUUGGAGAAUGGCACUUGGACCCCACCCCCUACCUGCAAAGCUGUCUGUUGGCUCCAGUGCCAGAACGGAGGUGUGUGCCAAAGACCAAACACUUGCUCCUGUCCAGAUGGAUGGAUGGGCCGAUUUUGCGAGGAGCCGAUCUGCAUCCUACCAUGUCUCAAUGGAGGACACUGCGUAGCUCCAUACCAGUGUGAAUGUCCAACAGGAUGGACAGGCACACGCUGCCAUAAUGCGGUGUGUUCCACGUCCUGUUUGAAUGGAGGCCGGUGUAUCCGACCCAACAGGUGUCACUGCAGUCAAGGAUGGGGAGGAUAUGACUGCUCUAGAAAAAGAAGAUCUGGAUACUUAUAUUUUUAAUGUGCCACACUACAAGAGUUCGAGUCCGAAUGUGUUGGAACAAGAUGGCUUAAUAUCAGAAUUUUGUAUACAACACAUUUUCUCUUUCCCUCAGAAAGUUCUAAGUGGUUUUGUAAAUUAAAGCUGUAUUUUUUCAUGUAGAAAAUGAAACAGUAUUAAAUAUAUGCUGCUGCUAUAUACAUGAACUAUGUGUAAAAAUGUUGAUGUGAUUGUCCAGUGUACAUGUAU